UCCGCCCCGCAAAGCGCGUCAGCGCGCCGACGUCUGCGAGUGCGUGGCCCGCGGGGCCAGAACGUGGCGUGGACGUCGGACGUUCUUCCGGAGGGAGUCCGCGUCUUGCCCUCGUUCUGGGCGCGCGCUGGCUGCGAUUGUUGGGGUCACCGAGGAGAGUGAUUGCGCCUGAGAGCCCAGGGCCCACCACUCCCAGUCCUUCCGUGCCCAGGGUUAACCGCAGACCCUCCUCUUGGCAGCGUCCAGAGAGAAAAAUACCCAUCUUCCUAGAAUAUGGCAGGUAAGAAAGUGCUCAUCGUCUACGCGCACCAAGAGCCCAGGUCUUUCAACGGGUCCUUGAAGGACGUGGCGGUGGCUGAACUGAGCCGGCAGGGCUGCACCGUCACCGUUUCUGAUCUCUAUGCCAUGGACUUUGAGCCGAGGGCCACAAGGAAAGAUAUCACUGGUGGAAAAAUGGUCCCUGAGUACACAGUUUUGUAUAUGAAUUGCGCCCUCUCCAGCCCCGAGUUCUUCAGCUACGGUGUGGAAGCGUACGAGGCCUACAAGAAGAGGUCUCUGACCAGUGACAUAAUCGCGGAGCAGAAAAAGGUUCAGGAGGCCGACCUAGUGAUGUUUCAGUUCCCGCUGUACUGGUUCAGCGUGCCGGCCGUCCUGAAGGGCUGGAUGGACAGGGUGCUGUGCCAGGGCUUCGCCUUCGACCUCCCGGGCUUCUACGACGACGGCCUCCUCAAGGGUAAACUGGCCAUCCUGUCCUUAACCACGGGCGGCACGGCCGACAUGUACUGGAAAACUGGAGUCAGCGGAGACUUCCGAUACUUCCUGUGGCCCCUCCAGCACGGCACGCUGCACUUCUGUGGAUUUAAAGUCCUUGCCCCUCAUAUCAGUUUUGCUCCUGAAUUUGCAUCAGAAGAAGAAAGAAGGGGGAUGGUGGCCUCCUGGGCGCAGAGGCUGAAGACCAUCUGGAAGGAGGAGCCCAUCCCCUGCUGGCCCCCCUGGUACUUCGGGCAGUGACCUCGGGGCCGCGCUGGGAGGUGCUGGUGUGUGUAAUAAACGAUGGCACGACAGAGCAGCAGGUGUGUGGGGUGAUGUGACUGUGUCUCCAGGGUCCUGUAGGCCGACUCGCGGCUCCCAUCACCCGCUGCUUGUCCCGAAUUCUCUCCUGACACAUGUCCGUAUUCUCCCAGGCUUUCUUUUCAUUUGUAAUAUUUUUCCAUCUCCCUGUCUUCAGCCUUCGCGGGUAGUGGUGUUUUUCUGUAGUUCUCCUGGCUUGGAACUGGAUUUGUUAGGUUUGGUUUUGUUUUAUGCCAUAACUCAACUUGAAUGUCUGUUUUCAUAGAAAAGUGAAGUCUGUUCA